AUGAGCUCGUUUCUGUUCAAUUUGCUCCUGAAGCCGGCAGGUCCACCACCGCCUGGUGCCGUCCAGCAACCGCACGUGCCGUACAACAUUGAUUGGAUUUUUCCCCGGCUAAGGCGCCCGAAUCGGUUGUGGCACAUCGCGAGCACCGGAGUGAUCGGUUUGGUUGGGUUCUUCUCGAAGAUCGUCAUCGUGUGGCUAAAUAAGGCGCGCGUGCACAACAUCGAGGUCCUGGAGAACGCACUCGAGAACCGGCCCAAGGGAACGUCCCUGCUCACGGUUUCCAAUCACCACUCGUGCUUCGACGAUCCUGGCAUCUGGGGACUUCUGGACACCCGUUUGCUAAAGCUUCGAAACGUCUGCAGCAAAAACGUCAUCCGAUGGUCGAUGGCGGCCCACGACAUUUGCUUCACGAACAAAGCCCAUUCGCUGUUCUUUAUGUACGGAAAAUGCAUCCCGGUGGUGCGUGGAGCCGGUGUGUACCAACCCGCGGUGGAUCUCUGCAUCGAGAAGCUCAAACUGGGCCACUGGGUGCACGUGUUCCCCGAGGGAAAGGUGAACAUGACCAAGGAAGAUCUCAGGUUCAAAUGGGGCGUCGGUCGGAUCGUGUACGAAACACCCGACCUGCCCAUCAUCAUCCCGAUCUGGCACAUCGGGAUGGACGAUGUGCUGCCGAACGAGCCACCGUACUACCUCCGGAUGGGCAAAAAGCUCACGUACAACUUUGGCAACCCGAUCGACCUAAGCGCCCUUAUGGAACGGUUACGCUCGGCACCGGUCAACGAGGAGGAAGCCCGGAAGCUGAUCACCGAUCGCAUCCAGGAGGAGAUGAUGUUACUUAAACAAGAAACGGAACGGUUGCACUCGGAGUACGUGAAAAGCUGAGCCUGUGCUGGGCAAACGUGGAAACGGAAACAGAUGCACAGCUCGCAGGCCUCAAGGAACAAUGGUUCGGGAAGCGUCAAUGUGUCUUCCAGACAGUCCUGACCAACUUAACUGCAAACACACCCCCACACACACACACCUACACCCAAAACAUUGCUACUGUUGUUAGCUGCUUUACCUUCAUCGAGAAUCCCCCUCUAUCCUGUUAGCAGAGCAGUAGAAUAGGCGUGUUAUUACCGAUAUACGAUAGAGAGAGAGAGAAAAAAAAGAAAAGUAUAUGCAUUUUAGUGUUGCAAGUUGGGGCCCACCAUCCCCCGAUCGAUUGGUUUACGAAAAAGAAAAUCUAGUCAAAUAGAAACCGGCAGAUGCUAUAAACGUGUACCGCGGAGGGAAUUAGGCAAAUCAGAUUUAGCGCCGAUCGAAAGCACGACACACUUUCGCUACAACGCUUGCCAAGCGAUAGGGCCCGUUGUGGAACGCAGGAAAACGUCCGUCACACCAUCGUCGAUCGAUCGCGAUAAGGGCAGAAUGUUAAAAGGGUCUCAUCUCAUCGAUCCGCGUCGAGCGAGUGAUCAGAUCGAUCCGAGAAAAGCCACGUGCCUCGGUAGCGAGAUGGCGAGCUGGUGAUAGCGGCCACAACGUUAAAUAGAGAUAGAUAGAUAGGGGUGCGAUGUUUCGCCCCGCGAGUUAGUAUUUUCUUCACCUUUUUAAAACGUAGCUUUCUCGAUUAAGGCGCGAUAAGGAUUUGCCCCGCGCGCGUGUGUUCCGGAAGGGGGUUUUGUGGAUGAGUUCGAGUUCGCUUUAAAUGCGCGUCUUUUAAGGUCCAUUUUGAGGCGCGCUCGCUAUGGAAUAAAUGAUACAUUCAG